UGUAAAUCACACCUCCCAAUUUCUUCAAUCUCUCGUAAGUCAUUCAUUACUCAUAGAUAAUGGUGAGCACAACCGUCGAUGAUAACAACGACGACGUUCUGGAUUAUCGAGGAAAUUUGGCUGACAAGACUCGAACCGGAGGAUGGCUUGCUGCUGGCCUCAUCUUAGGAAGUGAAUUGUCUGAGAGAAUAUGUGUAAUGGGUAUAUCGAUGAAUCUUGUUACUUACUUGGUCGGAAAUUUACAUCUUUCAUCAGCCAAAUCCGCAACUGUUGUUACCAAUUUCAUGGGCACUCUAAAUCUUCUUGGCCUACUCGGUGGUUUUGUCGCUGAUGCUAAAUUCGGACGUUAUUUAACCGUCGCUAUUUCAUCUUCUAUCACCGCAUUGGGCGCAAUAUUGUUAACAUUGGCAACAACCAUACCUAGCAUGAGUCCACCUAGGUGCGACACCUCAAGGCGAGAGCUAUGUGUCGAAGCAAAUGGGUCUCAACUAGCCAUGCUUUAUGCAGCUCUAUACACAAUAGCAUUGGGAGGCGGUGGGAUAAAAUCGAACGUGUCGGGCUUUGGAACGGACCAAUUUGAUUCGAAGGAUCCGAAAGAGGAGAAAGCGAUGAUAUAUUUCUUCAAUAGGUUUUACUUUUGCAUUAGCAUCGGUUCUUUGUUCGCGGUUACGGUUUUGGUUUACAUACAAGAUAACGUUGGAAGGGGAUGGGGAUAUGGGAUUUCAGCCGCGACGAUGGUGGUGGCCGUCGUGGUUUUGUUAUCGGGUGCUCGGUUUUAUAGGUAUAAGAAGCCUCAAGGAAGUCCAUUGACAGUUAUUUGGAGGGUGAUUUUUUUGGCGUGGAAGAAUAGAAGGAUUUCUUAUCCUUCUGAUCCUAGUUUCUUGAAUGAAUACUACAAUGCUAAAGUCCCACACACAAAUAAAUUCAGGUGUCUAGACAAGGCAGCCAUUUUCGAAGACAAUACAACCGUCGACACCGAAAACAUAAGAAACAAACCAUGGAUAGUGUCAACCGUAACUCAAGUGGAAGAAGUAAAGAUGGUUCUAAAGCUCUUCCCAAUAUGGUCAACAUGUAUCCUCUUCUGGACAAUCUACUCCCAAAUGAACACCUUCUCGGUAGUUCAAGCGACGUUCAUGAACCGAAAUAUCGGCUCAUUUGUUGUCCCCGCAGGCUCUUUUUCGGUCUUCCUCUUCAUUUCCAUCCUCUCUUUUACGUCCUUAAACGAAAGAGUUUUAGUACCUUUUGCGAGAAAGUUCACACACAAUAUCCAAGGAAUAACAAGUCUUCAAAGGGUGGGAAUCGGUCUAAUUUUCUCGAUAGUAUCCAUGAUCGCGGCCGCCUUAAUCGAGAAACAUAGAAGAGAAACGGAAUUGAAACGUGGUAUCAAGAUAAGUGCUUUUUGGCUAGUUCCUCAAUUCUUCCUAGUUGGUGCGGGAGAAGCGUUCGCGUAUGUUGGACAACUCGAGUUCUUCAUUAGAGAGGCGCCCGAGAGGAUGAAAUCAAUGAGCACCGGUUUUUUUAUGACAACGUUGUCUAUGGGAUUCUUCGUGAGUAGUUUGUUGGUGUCUUUGGUAGAUAAGGUGACCAAUAUGAGAUGGCUAAGAAGCGAUUUGAACAAAGGAACUCUCGAUAAGUUUUAUUGGAUGCUAGCUGUGUUAGUGGCGAUGAAUUUUAUUGUUUUCGUCGUCUUUGCGAUGAGACACGAGUACAAGGUGCAAAGUUAUGUUGGUCGAGAUGUUGUUGGUAAGGAAGUUGAGUUGAAGAAUAAGGAGAAGAUUGGAGAGGAAAUACUUGAACCUUAGAGUAUUCCUAAAUUGAAGUAUAAUUAAUAAUAGUUACAUGCAUUUGUAUAUGUAAUUAUUUUUAUUUAAGAAAUCAUUAUUAUAAUUAAAUAUAGUAAGUAUAUGUCUACAAUGUCA